AUGAGCAUGAGCGCCGUCGUCCCUGAAAGCACACAAAGCAAAAUGCUGUGCCUGUGGCUGUGCGCGUUUCAAGAAGAAUUCUUGCAGCCUUGCUCUCGUUGCGUACCGAGAACACAAAAAACCGGACCCCGAGAAAAUACUACUACCGGGACGAAUAAUAUAUCAGGCAACAUGACUCCUCUCAUCCGCAUCCGUCAUUUGUGUCCCUUUUUCGUUAGUCUGGUCCUUCUCACACUCCACCUAGCUGCUCCCUCUUGGGUCGGCUCUAGCAGAAGAACCGGACGAGCAAACCGUCCUUCUCCUUCUGCUGGCAUUUGCAGUUUGGUCUUGGUCACCCUCUUGAGCCAAAGUGUUCGCGGUGUGUCGAUGUUUGGCCCGCCCCGCGACAUGCUGCGGGCCUGCACGAACCAGGUGGAAGAGUGUUGCUGCUCCAACGGCGACGAGGGCGGUGGGGCGUUUCGAGUUCUCGUUAUGCCGCCAGCGGAGGGCGCUAACGGAUUACCGCUGGCCCGGGGCCUCCAUCCAAUCAAGCCCGAGGACCCCCAACGUUACCGACCGGCAUUCAUCGAACAGCAGCCGGCGCUUUCCUCGCCGAACCCGGUGGAGAUGGAAGCCCUGGCGGCGCCACCGCCGGAGGGAAACGUGUACGAACAGCCAGUGGACGAGUGGCGACCGCCCUUCGUGCAGGUGUGCCACUACGAGGGCGGCCAUAAUUUCGGGCAGCAGUUGCACCCUCCUCAGGCGGACAAUGGCUGGAGCAUUGAUCCUUCGUGCAAGCUGGCGGCGCUCCGAACCGAGGAGGCGGAGCGCGAAGUGGGGAAGCGGACUUUCUUCGGGCAGAACCUGCUGGACAAAGUCAAGGCCCUGGCGAGCGUCCAUCUAUACAACGGGUUUCCUCCCCUCCCGGAACUCAUCGAUUUCUCGGACCCGAAGCUGACACAGGAGCUGGGCGCUGGGGCAUUCGGGUACGUGGUCAGCGGAAAGCUGCGCACCACCGGGGCUCACGUGGCCGUCAAACGGUACCCCCUAUACCAAAGUGAGGCGAUGCGGUACCAGAAGGAAGGGCGCUUCAUCAAUCGGUUUCUCACUUGGGGCGACUAUGUCGCGGGCGAACGCCGCCUGUUCCUGGACCUGGCGCGCGACGAGUGCGAGUGGGCUCGACGGAUUCAGGCCACCGCGUGGGACAGUAAAAGCAACAACGCCGGUGCAGGAGGAGCUGCACACAGUAGAAGUGGUACAAUGGAUCCACGAACCUUCUUUGUCAAUUGCCUGGCCCGCAACAUUGGCAAACUGCAGAUGAUGCCGAUCGCUCCCAACCCGGUCACGAAGCACAUUCCGCCGAAUUGGCAACAGCUAGGGAUGUUUCGGCUCCAACCGAUUGGGGACCUGCCAAGGUCCCUGACGGACGAACUCUACACCAUUUUCGAGCACGCUGGUACGCCCAUUGCAAAGAUGCUAGAGGCCGAUGAAGCAGCGAAGCAAGUGCAGAUGGACGAGGGCAGCAGGGCUGGUGUUGCCAGCCGGGCUUGUUCAAAGCGGCGUCCGGAAGCGCUGCAAUUAGUAGAUGCAGAUGAUGCAUGUGAUGUGGCCGCGGGCCACCCGCUUCCCAAUCUGCUUGUCAAGUCUCCCGGUGGAAUGCAUUUACGCCUCGUGAAGCCCGGAGAUCAUCUUCAUAACGUGGGGCCGUCGUUUCUAAACGAGACGAAUAAAGAGCACAUGCUCAAGCUGGUAGCACGGACGGCAGCAAGGGUAAACGCAGCGGAAAGCGGUGCAGCCGGAGGUCCGCGAGCAAGUCGAACGGUUGGUGGUCCCGGACAUCGGGAUGGAUCGCCAGCAGCGGUGAUGUCACGACGAAGUGAUGACAUCAAUGAGGACUACAGAAUCAGGUCGGCCAGGGGCCCGCGUGAGCGCCAAAUAUACUGCGCACAGGAUUGCAACGAUCACUAUAAUUCCGAGCGCAGCGGUGCUAGAAGUGCGCGUGCGCGGUCAGCGUCCGGCCGGACCGGGGAAUACUGUAACUACAGCAGCAACUACCCGCCCUCCGGCCAGCAGAGCCAGAGUCACAGCAAGGUGUUGCUCGUUCUCAAGCAACUGUUUCAGGGCAUCGAGUUCCUACGGACGCACGUCGGGGCUUCCCACCAUGACAUCAAACGCGAAAAUCUGAUGUGGAACGCGGAGAAGGAAAAGAUCCAGAUCAUUGACUUUGGUAUCAUGCAAGACAUCCGGCAAGCCCGGCAGCAGGCGAACCAGAUCAACAUGUGGACGCCGAGUUUCGCGCCCCGCGAAAUGGAGGACGGCAGCGCGUGGGAGCAGGUGCAAACCAUGGACAGCUACGACAUUUUUUCGCUAGCAAACACGGUGGGCGAAAUUUUACUUAACGGCGAAAAUAUCAUUGCGGACAACUACAUGGUCGAUUGCACCGCGCGGCGCAACUUUCUGCGCUGCCUCUUCAAGCAGAGCAAGUACUUCAUCCGUUGGGAACAACUGGAGCGUGAUUUGCAGUCCACCGCGGGCGCGCAAUUUGAGACGGCGAUCGAAAAAAUGUACGUUCGGAAACACCUCGACAUGCUCGCACAGGAGAUGCAAAGCAGGCCAGCAUCGCCCUAUCUGUCGGGCAUGACAUCGGGCAGUAGCAACCCGUUGCUGAAGGACUUUCUGGCCGCAACGUCUGCCCGGUUCCAACGGAGCUUCUUUGCGCUGUGGCAGCGCAUGUUUUUGGCGCACGUGGAGCGCGUGGCCGCUUUCACGCAGCUGCUUGCCCUGUUGGAGAAGAAGGUCACGGACAAGGGGCAAUAUGUGUCGUCGGCUGAAUAGAAAGUGCAAAAUGCAAACUUGCGGGCCGAGGCCGAGCGAUACCUAUUUGCUCUAAAUGUAGUAUAAUGAAUUGACGCAAAGACGAGAAAGUUAUAGGCGAAUGAGACAGCGUAGAUAGCCCGGCACUGCCUGAAGAUGGACAAGAAGAUAAACGCAUCCACGAGGGCGGGGCGAUGCAGAAACACUUUAAGCAGAUGAAUGUCGCCGGACAGGUCACCGCAGGUCCGUUAGGUCCAGCGGACACGGGUACUCGAUUUUUUUUCACGUUCUUGCGGACGCCUGGUGAAAAAGACUCUUGUUGAAACUGGCUGCUUACGUAGACUCAGGCUACCUGUACCUCUUUGCUUCACUAUUCGAAUUCAUGUGAUACAGAGUUCUAUUGUCGUCAGCUCUUAAUAGUACUCGUUUCCGUUUAUUCAUCACUGAUCCAGCUGGAUGAUUGUGUCGGAAUAGUUUGUAUGUGGGACGAGGACACUACCACAUGCAUGCGAUGUUAAACCGCGCGAGCUUAGUAGACUUAUAGCGCGCACCGAAUUGCACAUGAUUUCUGAUCGUCAGUGUGUGCGGCGGCUAUCGCCGUCUCGAUCGGCGGACGAAGCUGAUAUAAUGAGCGCUCUGCAUCCGCAACUGUUUCAUUUGAGAAUACGUUAGUGUUUAUACCGCAAUACGCUGGGUAUAGGCAAAUUCGCCCGUGAGGGUCCCGUCUCGGCGGACGCAAAAAAAAAGUGUUUCUGUUUGCAAAAGCCAAAGACCAAACCGAGCUCAUCUAUAGAUAUUUUACAAAAAAUGAAAAAUAUCAACGACAAGAAGCGCUUGCCCGCACCGGAAAAUUUAUCAUGUACAAUACUCAUAACUAGCUAGAACUAAAAGAACUUAAAAAGACUGAAGACUGAUAAAACGAACCCGACAAAGCAGUAAAGCUCGUGUUUUACAACUGCAGAGAAAAACUUUUGUAGUCUGAAAAUGAAAACGCAAAGGCAUGAAAAAUA